AACAUUCUGUAUUCUUCAGUUUCCUUUUAGCCAGCAGACAAGUUUUCGGAUUAGUUUCAACCGCAAAAAAAUCAACCUAAUUAACGCUUAAGCAAAACUCAUCCCACUCCAACUGAAAGAAUUGUACCUAAAAAAUGUCGAAAUAUCCCAACUGUGUCGGCCAAAAGUCAACUUACUACAGCACAGUAUACAAUGGAUCUGCUGUUAUGGAUGUAAAAUGUUCUAAAAAUAUUCAGGAACAAAGAUAUAUACCAAUAAAUCCCUAUGGUCUGAUGGCAACUCCAAAUGUUCGGAUAAUUAAAAAACGAAAUACAGCAAAUAAAAAAGAGCGAAGACGAACACAAAGUAUAAACAGUGCUUUUUCCUACCUUCGCGAACAAAUUCCAAACGUGCCAUCAGACACGAAACUAUCCAAGAUUAAAACAUUGAAACUGGCAAUUUUAUACAUAAACUACUUAGAGGAUGUUCUGGAUGGAGAACAGGAUGAAAAAGGCGUUUUUCUGGCAGACCUUAAUUCGACACAUCGUAAAACAUGUAGCGAUCAGAAUAAGUCCCUAAAUAGUGAUUUUCACAAUAUUCGAAUACCGACUAAUGGAAGAACAGGUUGGCCACAGGAUGUUUGGGCUUCUGAGCUUAAUCCUGAUCAAAACUAGACUUAACUGUAUUAAAUUAA